UUUCUACAGAUAAGAGAUUUGCUCUCUAGAACCAAAAGGCCCGGGGGACUAAAAGUCAGGGAAGGUCACCACCUGGGCUUUUAUGUGGAAGGUCUGAAGUCUGUGCCUUGUGAGAACUAUGCUCAAAUUGAAAAGCUGAUGGAACAAGGAACAAGAAUCAGGACCACAACUUCAACCAACAUGAAUGCCAGCAGCAGCCGGUCCCACAUGGUCACCACCAUUCAGUUCAAGCAGGUUUUUCUAGACAGAGCCCUUACCAAACAAUCCAUCAUCAAUUUGGUGGAUUUAGCAGGAAGUGAAAGACAGAAAUCUUCAGGAUCUGAAGGAGACAGACUGAAGGAAGGAUCACGAGUUAACUUGAGUUUAACCAAUUUAGGAAAUGUUAUCAGUGCUCUGGCUGAUGCCGCGCUGGGGAAGAAAGUCCUGCACAUUCCCUACCGAGACUCGGUCCUAACCAAACUGCUCCAGUCGGCUCUGGGCGGGAACAGCAGAACUACUUUGAUUGCAACCUUAAGUCCAGCUGACAUCUGCUAUGAGGAAACUUUAUCAACAUUAAGAUACGCAGAAAGGGCUAAAAAGGUCUGGAACAAAGCUGUGGUCAACACCUGCUCACUGGCAAGAGGGUCAAGGGCAGAGAACAACAAACUACUGCUCGGAUGUGGAAACUCUGGAAUGGCAGAACAGCAGCUGGGGACUCUCACUACCCAGGGGACUUGGGCACACCUGCUAGAGCAGGCAUGGAAAGAGUGGGAGCAGCAGUACACGGCUUCGGCCCUGGAGCGGCAGCUGAUGAGGACCCUCCCUCACCUUCUCAAUGUCAAUGAGGGCCUGCAGCUCACAGGGGUCCUCGAGUACUUCAUCCAUGCCGGUUCGUGGGACGCCGGCCAGGCUGCUUCCAAUGCCAUCACUCCUCAAGGCCUGGGAAUUUCAGAUAAACACGCUUCCUUCAUGAAUUUGGAUGGUAAAGUGAUGGUCACUCCAUACAGCAAAUGUAAGGUUGUGGUCAAUGGGGUGCCUAUCACAACCAGGACAAAGCUGCAUCAUUUGGACCGCAUUAUUUUGGGAUCCAACAGUGCCUAUCUCUACAUUGGGUUUCCUUCUGAGCGAGGCUGUGAAGACUUGAGCAGAUUUGACUACGACUUUUUCCAGCUGGAGAGGGCAGCCCAGAAGGAGUGAGUGAGUGUGGCCAAGCUCGGUGCUGUGAGCAGUGGAGAUGGCCCAACAGACCCCAGUGUCCUGGCUGUAUUCCAGGACUACAUCAAACUCAUGCCACUGAUUGCAGAAGCAAAUCAAAUGAGUGAAGAGCUAAAGAAGGGACUUAAAAUGGAAUUGAAGGUGAAGAACUUAGCAUCAGACUCCAGGGCCUAUGACCUGCAAAAAGAGCUCAUGGUGAAGGUGACCAACCAAAGGACUCAUGAGGUGUGGAUUUGGUCAAAAGUCAAGUUUAUCAAUAGGAAAUUCCUAAUGGAGGAACUUUACCAGCAUUUUCUAGAUAGAGAAGACAGCCCUGUGGCUCAGGAGGAUGACCCUUUCUGGGAUCCUGUCGAGGUCAUCCACUUGGGCUCAGCCCACAUCUGGCUCCAGUCACUUGCCUACUGUAUGCAGUUUGAGGACCAAGUGGAGUUUCUGAACUGUGACGGGCUGGAGGAGGCAGUGCUGCACAUCCACAUCACCCCUUGCUCCCCAGCAGGACAAGCACAGAGCGAGGAGGAUGUGGUUACUGACCCCUUGGAGCUGCUGGGCAAGAGGAUUGAUUUCCAGAUUCACACUGUCCAUUGCCUUGGCAUCAAGUGGCUAAAGGAAGAUGCAAAGAGGGGCAUUCAGAUAAGUUACAGAAUGUAUGAUCUCCCAAUCACUUUAUAUACCAAACCUGUAUGGAAAACUGUGAAUCCCCAAAUUGAAGAGACUGUCCAAUUCACAGCCUUCAGUGCAUCUCAGAAGUUUCUGAAUUAUUUACAGACAAAUGCUCUCAUAGCUGAUUUGUGGGGCCUUCAAGAAGGCUGUGCUGAGCUGAGGUGCUCUCAGCUGGACCUCAUAGUCACAGGUGAAGGCCACAUCAUGCUAGACACCAAGAAACUUUCCAGUGUGAAGGACACAGGCCUGCCUACAUCAAAUCAGACACUGGAACUUUAUCUGAAGACGCUCAAGUUAGAGCAGGAGACGGAACUCCUCAGAAACAUAAACAGAACCCUAAGAAGGGAAAAUGUGUUUCUCAAGGAAUCACUGAAGAAAACUGGUUCUGGUCAACAAGCCCAUCAGCUUUCCAAUACCCUGAAGAUAACUCAGACCACAGGACGACUGCCAUCAGCCACUGAGAUUAAGCAAAUGUGCACUCAGCAAGCCGGCUGCAACAGAGACUUUGCCAAAGCUCUUAAGGCGUUCUACCAAAGCAUGAACAUGGCACGAGGGCGGUUUCUCAGACUGAGACAGUGUACACCCCCCGAAGAUGAUCAAAUGCUCCAGCCGUUUGUAUACCAACAGUCACAGAUGCUAAAGGACUUUGGGGACCUGCUUGAAUCCAGCCUGUGGAAACUGAAAAAUGACAUUGCUUUCAUAGUGAAAAAGAGAGAAUAUUUACUGCACAUCAAACAGUAAGGAUGCACAGAGUGAACCCUGCAAACACUUGAGCUCCAAGUUGUAAAGCUCACUGUGGAGACAAUGGGGCUUAAUUCACCCACUUAACCUAGUUCUACCUUUUUUAAUUGAAACAAUUUUCCUUCAGUUUGAUUUUAAAUCAUGAAAAUGAAACCACAUGCAGGAUGAAGGUGGAAUGAGAGACCAGAGGUAAAUGGUUAGCAGACUGAGCUCUGGGAUCAGAGCCCAGGGUUAAAUCCUGGUUAAGUCCAUCAUUUAUCAAUUUGAAGAUUUGGGGCAACUGACUUCCCCUCUCUAAGCCUGUCUUUUCUCAUCAUUAUAUGGAUACAUUAUCAGUAUUUACAGCAGAUGGUUAAUAAAUAUACAGCAGUGCCUCAGUUCACAAACACCAGUUUGUGAACAAAAGCGUCUGGCAAAAUUUUGCUUCUGUUCUCAAACUCUGCAUCGGGUGAUGAACACGACCACAGCCAUCUUCUCCACACAAACACAAAUGUGGCCAUCUUCUCCAGAAUUGUGGAACAAAUUAAGUUUGUGAACCAAGGUACCACUGUACACACUUGCACACAGAAGUGAUCAGUAAGCAUUUACCAUUAAAAUUUAGUUGUGGUGUUGUGGCUGCCUUGAUGUCCUGAAUUGAUUCAAAAUGUUUACCUUGCAUGGUCAUUUUGAUGUUGAGGAAAAGCCAGAAGUCACAUGGUAAAUAAGGUGGAUGAAGAUACACCAUAAUGUUUUGGGUUUUUUGGGUACUGGGGAUCGAACUCAGGUCCUUGCACAGCAGGUGGCAAAACCACUGAGCUAAAUCCCCGGCCCCUACACCAUAAUGUUUUUACAAGCCUGUAUUUCCUUACAUGGUACUUGGCAGCAGCAUUCACCAUAUUUUUUUUUUAAUCAUACUUUGUAAAGACAAGAAAGUGGCUUGUAUAACUGUUUCAGAAAGUGCCCAGAAUUAUGAGAUAAGUGUGUUUGAAGUGAGAGAAAGUAUUUUGAGGAGGGUUAAUAAUAAUGUCUCUUUUACUGUAAUACACUUUUAAAAAUUUAAACAUUCACUACAUAUACACAACAGAAUACUAUCUAGCCUUAAAAAAAAACAACAGGAUAUUCUGUUAUUCGUGAAAACAUGGCUGAACCUAAAGGGCACUAUUAAGUGAGAUAAGCUAGGCACAGAGAGGCAAACACCAUAUGAUCUUAUAUGUGGAAUCUAAAAAAGGAGAACUGACAGAAGGACAGAGGAGAACAGUAGCUACCAGGGGAUUAGGGGAGGGUGUAAAUGGGGAAAAGGAGAUGUUGGCCAAAGGGUACAAAGUUAUAGUUAGGAGGAAUAAGUUUGAGUGUUCUAUCCCACAGCAAACUACGAUAGUUAAUAGUAAUGUGUAUUUCAGAAUUGCUAAUAGGAUUUUAAAUGUUCCCACCAAAAAUAUGACAAAUAUUUGAGAUGAUAUUCCAAUUACUCUGCUCACUCUAUAAUGUAUACAUGUAGUGAAAUGUUAUCUUGUACCCCCCAUAUACAAUCACUUAUUGAUGAAAAUAAAAUUUAAAAAAGAAUCUUCCCUCUUUAAGUUAGACACCCCCCCAUCUUUAGUACUGACAGUACAGAAGAGUCUCCUAACAUGAAUAAUAUACUUCGAUAGAUCUCAUGCUCCUCAUUUAAGAGCAGAAAUUCAUAAAGGGCAGCUGUCUCUUUUACAUAAUAAACAACAUGAACACUACGUAUGUGUUUAUGAUUAAUGUAAUAGGAAAAGUCCUUCACCUUAU